AUGAAGAACAAGUUAGUAGAUCGUCCUCCUUGUACCUAUUCCAUGAAGAUCCAAAGCCUCUCCCAACUCAAGGAACUCUUCCCUGAAUCCGAAUACAAAUCCCUUACUUUCUCUUCAGGCAAAUACAACUGGAGACUGGUUAUAUACCCAACAGGAAACGAGAAGGACAACGGGAAAGGAUUUAUUUCCAUGUAUGUUGAGUUAGAUACCUCAAGCCUUACCGCGUCCACGGUUUUGGCAUAUUUCACCUUCUUUGUCUACAAUAAGAAAGAAAAUAAAUAUUUUACUAUUCAAGAGGUUGAAGGGAAGCAGUUCAAUGCAAUAAGACCGGUGUGGGGAUUUCCGCGAGUGCUUCCGCUUGAUACGUUCAAUGAUCCUAAAAACGGAUAUGUGUUCGAGGGAGAUCAAUGUGAGUUUGGUGUUGAUGUGAUGGUUCCACUUGUCAACUGGGAAGUUGUCUCUUUCCCUAUGAAACCCCCUAAUACAAAGUUUUCUUGGACGGUCAAGAAAUUCUCUAAGUUGAAAGGUCAUUGCUACGUAUUAAUUGGAUGGGUUCUUUAUGGGAGGAAAGACCUGUUGUAUCCCAAGGGCUACUCUACAACAUAUUCCAAAUUUUUAUCCAUCUUUGUGCAACUAGCUGAUAGUGAAACAAUGAAGGCAGGUGAGCAGAUUCACGCACGAGGGGAUAUUCGAAUUCUUGACCCAUUUGGACAAGAUCACAUGACAGGACAGAUUGACAUCAUAAGGAAUUACAACGAUGGAAAUAAAGGUCGGGGUUGGAAUCACUUUGCGUAUAUAGAUGAACUUCGGGGUGCUUAUUUGGACAAAGAAGUCUCUUUGAAAGUAGAAGCCGAAUUUGAAGUUGUUUCGACCACCUCAUCCUCAACAUGA